AUGUUAUCUCCAUUAAUGUCAUUGAUAAUCACUUUGCAGACGUUCAAUACCGGAUGUGGUGGAUGUUCCGGAAUACGAGCAUAUCGGCUACCGCCUCCACCGAUGAUGAUGAUGAUGCCUCCCCCACCGCUAAUACGUCCCAUUUAUAAUCCAUGUGGCGGUCUACCUUGUGCUCCACCGACACAAUACAUACCGCCAUGUGGUGGUGGCGGAUGCGGCAAUGUAGGACAACAAUCGGCCUACGGUAUCCCCGAUCCCAUCAUCACCGAAUCAGGUACU